AGCUCUUCCUCGUGUGCUUGUUGCUCCUGCCACUUGCCUGCCAGUCACGGCGGGACAGGGGAGGAGGAGGCGUGGCUCAUUACAUCCCAUCAUCGGUAGCGCAGUACCCGCCAGUACCAAAGCUGCUGCAGGGCCUGAGCAUCGCCGUGGUUCUGGUGGGCAACUCCAGCGAGGUGGUGCUCGCUGGCACUCGCGACAAAGACGAAUUCACCCACAUGCCCCUGGCGCCCAAUGUAGAGAUGCUCACCAUGAACGAGACGGACCCCAAGAGCAUCAUCAAGAGCAUCUGCGACCUGAUGACGGAUCACUGGCUUCAGGGGGUGGUGUUUGGAGACGACACCGACCAGGAGGCCAUCGCGCAGAUCCUGGACUUCAUCUCCACGCAGACGCACAUCCCCAUACUGGGCGUGAAGGGAGGCUCCUCCAUGAUCAUGGCCGCUAAGGACGACAACUCCAUGUUCUUUCAGUUCGGUCCAUCCAUAGAGCAGCAGGCAUCUGUAAUGCUCAAUAUCAUGGAGGAAUAUGAUUGGUACAUCUUCUCCAUAGUUACCACUUACUAUCCUGGUUACCAGGACUUUGUUACCAAGAUCCGUAGCACCAUUGAGAACAGUUUUGUGGGCUGGGAGCUGGAAGAGGUGCUGCUCUUGGAUAUGUCUGUAGAUGAUGGAGAUGCCAAGAUUCAGAACCAGCUAAAGAAGCUUCAGAGUCCUGUGAUCCUCCUCUACUCCACCAAAGAAGAGGCCAAUAUCAUCUUUGAGGUGGCUCAUUCUGUCGGCCUCACAGGAUAUGGAUUCACCUGGAUUGUACCAUCUCUAGUGGCGGGAGAUGCUGAUCACAUCCCACCUGAGUUUCCCACAGGGAUGAUCUCAGUGUCGUAUGAUGAGUGGGAUUAUGGUUUGGAGGCCCGGGUUCGAGAUGGUGUGGCUGUAAUCGCUUCAGCAACAUCCACUAUGAUGAUGGACAGGGGUCCGCACACACUGCUCAAGUCUGAGUGUCACGGGACCCCUGACAAGAAGAGCACCAUUACAGGCAACCCCAAUGAAGUACUCAGGUAUCUGAUGAACGUGACGUUUGAAGGACGCAAUCUCUCCUUCAGUGAGGAUGGAUAUCAGAUGCACCCAAAGCUAGUGAUCAUCCUGCUGGACAAAGACCGACAGUGGGACAGAGUGGGUAAAUGGGAGAACGGCUCUCUGUCGAUGAAGUAUCACGUGUGGCCGCGCUUCGAGAUCUACUCUGGAACGGAGAAUCGUGAAGAUGAUCAUCUGUCCAUCGUGACGUUAGAGGAAGCGCCAUUCGUCAUUGUUGAGGAUGUUGAUCCCCUCAGUGGAACAUGCAUGAGGAAUACUGUACCCUGCAGAAAACAACUCAAAUCAGUUAAUCACACAGGUCACUCUGCGGUGUAUAUCAAGCGCUGUUGUAAAGGAUUCUGCAUUGAUAUUCUAAAAAAGAUCGCCAAGUCAGUGAAGUUCACCUACGACCUUUACCUGGUGACCAACGGCAAACACGGCAAGAAAAUCAACGGCACCUGGAACGGGCUGGUGGGAGAGGUGGUUUUGAAGAACGCUCAUAUGGCCGUGGGGUCACUGACCAUCAAUGAGGAGAGGUCAGAGGUCAUUGACUUCUCUGUGCCGUUCAUAGAGACGGGCAUCAGUGUGAUGGUCUCCCGUAGCAACGGCACUGUGUCACCUUCUGCAUUCCUCGAGCCGUUCAGCGCAGAUGUUUGGGUCAUGAUGUUUGUGAUGCUGCUGCUGGUUUCUGCCUUCGCUGUGUUUUUCUUUGAAUACUUCAGUCCUGUGGGCUACAACCGCUGUCUCGCCGACGGCAGAGAGGCUGGAGGUCCAUCGUUCACCAUUGGGAAGGCCAUCUGGCUGCUGUGGGGUUUGGUCUUCAACAACUCUGUGCCCGUGCAGAACCCCAGAGGAACCACCAGCAAGAUCAUGGUGUCCGUCUGGGCCUUCUUCGCUGUGAUCUUCCUGGCGAGUUACACAGCUAAUCUGGCCGCAUUUAUGAUUCAGGAAGAGUACGUGGACCAGGUGUCGGGACUCAGUGAUAAAAAGUUUCAGAGACCGAACGACUUCUCGCCGCCAUUUCGCUUUGGGACAGUCCCAAACGGCAGCACCGAGAGAAACAUUCGCAAUAACUACAGAGAGAUGCACUCGUACAUGGUGAAGUUCCACCAGCGUAACGUUGAUGAAGCUCUGUACAGUCUGAAAACAGGAAAGCUGGAUGCGUUUAUUUAUGACGCUGCAGUGCUGAAUUAUAUGGCUGGUAGAGAUGAGGGCUGUAAACUCGUCACUAUCGGCUCAGGGAAAGUCUUCGCUUCGACUGGAUACGGAAUCGCAAUUCAGAAAGAUUCUGGAUGGAAAAGACAAGUGGACCUCGCAAUCCUUCAGCUGUUUGGAGACGGUGAUAUGGAGGAGUUUGAGGCACUCUGGCUCACCGGGAUCUGCCACCAUGAGAAGAAUGAAGUGAUGAGCAGUCAGCUGGACGUGGACAACAUGGCGGGUGUCUUCUACAUGCUGGGAGCCGCCAUGGCUCUGUCACUCAUCACCUUCAUCGCUGAACAUGUGUUCUACUGGCAUAUGCGCUUUUGCUUCAUGGGUGUGUGUUCUGGGAAACCAGGAAUCACCUUUGCCAUCAGCAGGGAGAUUUAUAGCUGCAUUCACGGAGUUGAAAUCGAAGAGAAGAGUUCAGACUUGAAUUCACCCUCCGCCACCAUCAAGAACACUCACUCAAACAUCCUGCGUCUGCUGCGCACCGCCAAGAACAUGGCGUCUCUUUCUGGGGUCAACGGCUCCCCGCACAGCGCCCUCGACUUCAUGCGCAGGGAGUCAUCUGUGUACGACAUCAGUGAUCACCGCCGUAGUCUAGCCGGACACUCGGACUGUAAGGUCCCGUACCUGCCUGAGGACAACAUGUUCAAUGACUACAUCAGUGAGGUGGAGCGCACCUUUGGCAACCUGCACCUGAAGGACAGUAACUUGUACCAGGACCACUACCUGCACCACCACAAAGGCUCGACCCUAGGGCUCACUGGCCCACUCCCUAACCACCCCCACAGCCUGGGCUCCAGCAGUUCCCUGGAGGGAGGCAUGUUUGACUGUGAUAGUUUAGGUGGGGUUGUCGCUCCCAUCUUCAGCACGCAGCCACGCUCUGCCCUGACGCACAGGAACAUGAGCAAGUUUGACCUACUGCAGAGCCAAACUCCUCCAUCUGGGCAGGGCUUGAAGCAGGGACUGGCCAACCUGUAUGGGAAGUUUUCAUUUAAAGGCGGAGCCUCCAGUUCUGGAUACAUCGCAGGUCAUGACUGGUACUGUAGUGGAGGUGAUGAUGGAAACAUCCGUUCAGACAUGUCUGACAUUUCCACUCAUACCGUCACCUACGGCAACCUAGAGGGCAACGCUAAGAAACGGAAGCAGUACAAAGACAGCUUGAAGAAACGACCAGCGUCGGCCAAGUCCCGGCGUGAACUCGAUGAGAUUGAGCUGGGUUACCGUCGCCGCCACCACCAUCACCACGGUCAUCGCUCCGCCUCUCCUCCAUCAGAACGCAAGAGGGGAGGUGGUGCAAACUCAUCGUCAUACCUGUUGCAGGACAAGGAAAGCCUGAGAGAUUUCUACCUGGACCAGUUCCGGCCAAAAGAAGGUGUCCCACAGUGGGAGCACGUGGAUCUUACAGAUGGUCCCAGUGGGGGAGGCGGAGGAAACUGCACAAGCCUGGUGUCUGUGGAUGACUUCCUGAAGAGCAAACCCAAGAAGAUGGACAGCAAGAGUGGGGGUGAAUGGGAAUGUCGUACCUGUCGUGCCAGCAGCGCAGGGAGCAAACAGACUGCCCUGCAUGGGGGUGGACCUCUACAUGGUAGUGUGGGCUAUGUUAGCAGCGGCAGUAGUUGUGUGGCAUCGGGGGGUGGAGGACUAGGGAGCAGCCGCCCCAGUUCAGCUACUUGUAUGCGGUGUGAAGCCUGCAAGAAAUCAGGCAACCUCUAUGACAUCAGUGAGGACAGUAACCACCUAUUAGACCAGCUGGGAGGUGGCAGUAGAGGCCAGACGCCAGCGCAGCGCCGCAGAGCCUUCAGCGGGAAGCCGAUGCGCAGGCAACAUUCUUACGAUACCUUUGUGGACCUACAGAGAGAGGAGGCAGGGGGGAUAGGUGGGACACUGGGGUUUGGCGGGGCAGGAGGUGUGGGUGGAGCCCUAUUACCACCGCGUAGUGUAAGCCUUAAGGAGAGAGAGCGCUGCAUGGAUGCCUCCAGUCCCUUCGCACAUGUAUUCGAGCGUCAGGAUACGGACCAUGACCCGCUCUACUAUGGAGGUGUUGAGAGGGAAAAGGGCACAGGAUCGCAGGUCGGUUUGUUUAGAGCGGGAGAGGGCACUCCUCAUCGACGCUCUGUGGGAGAGAGGGACCUAAAAGACAGAGGACUGAUGGAGGGGCCUGUUCACUCCUUAUCCAAAUCCCUCUAUCCCGACCGAACCAACCAUAACCCCUUCAUCCCUACAUUUGGAGAUGACCAGUGUCUGCUGCACAGCUCCAAGUCCUACUACAUCAGCAAGCAGCAGCAGUGUGCCGACUUGUGCUGCCCCAUGGGCGUGACCUCCUUCCUGCCAGCAUCUGCCACUUCAGGAGUGAUGUCUAACUUGGCCCCAUGCUUCCCUGCAGAGCUGUGCAUCGGAAACCACCACACCAGCAAGCUCAGCCUCGGUCCACCGCGACCUUUCAAUGGCAGCAAUGGACACGUAUAUGAGAAACUCUCCAGCAUUGAGUCUGACGUGUGAAAGACAGCGGGUGAAUAAAGGUUGGGGCUGAAUGCCGCUGCUGUAAAGAACAGGGAAACAUUGUUAUCUUGAGAACUCUACAGCCAGAUUUUAGCAGAACACACAGAACUUGAGAGAAUUGAAAGUCAUUUCCUGUGAAGUUCACGUUUACACCAAUGGUUCAUCUCUACGAGCUGUGAGAACAAGAGGAUGUCCAUCUGCUGAGUGAGUCUAAGAAGAAGAGCAAAA